AUAGUGGCAACCCUAAUUCUCAAUUCCACCCCCAUCCACACAGAAAAAUCUUCACUUCGCACCAGUAACAAUGGCGGCAUCAUCGAAAUCCAAUGCAUCAAAAAGAAGAAAAUCGGCAUCACUAGCAACAGCAAAAAACCCUAAGAAACGAAGAAUAACAAAACCGGCGACAACAAGUCCAUGUUUACCGGAUGACUUAUGGGAGUGCAUCUUCAAAUCAUUCAACUGCGACCGCCGCACUUUCAAGUCUCUCUCCGUCGUCUCCAAACAGUUUCUCUCUAUCACCAACCGUCUCCGAUUCUCCCUCACAAUCACCGAUGAAACCAUCCCUUACCUUCCUCGACUCCUCCAUAGGUUCCCUAACCUCACAACCGUCGAUCUCACUCCCUUAUCCCAAGCACGUGACCUCGGCGCCAUUCUUACUCUAAUCUCCACGUUCUCCGUUGAUCUGCAUGAUUUGUCAUGCAACAGCAUCGCUGCAAAUGGAUUACUAGCUUUGUCCAAAACGAUGAAGAAUUUGACCUCUUUCUCGUUUACUCCUUCGUUUCCGUUUGCUCGAAGAAUGGGUAACAUCAAGAAGAAUGACAUUUUAUUUAUAGUUGAUUGUUUCCCUUUACUCGAAAAAUUCAUUGUAACUUAUCCUAGUGAGGAAUUCUGCAAGGUUGAUUGGUUUGAUCACGAAUUGAAGGCUGUUUUUAUUGAAUAGAUAAUAUGCUAUCUAAGCACUGACACCUCUGAAAAAUGGACACGAGUACUGAUGUGUCCGGGUCGUCGCCGUUGGACGCAAUGUGUCCGUGUCAUCGCCGUUGGACAUUUGCGUCAAUACUUUUGAUUACGUUCCGGUGUCAGUGUCUGGGGUCAAAUUUGUGUCAGGGUCAAAUUUGAGACCAUUGGACAUUCUUUUGAUUAGGUAGCAGUGUCAGUGUCGGGGUCAGGGUCAAAUUUGAAGUGGUGGUGGUUUACGGAUAAUAUGUUUAUGGUUGAAUUGUAAUUCAAUUUUCUUCUAUUUUAUUUUAAUAUUUUUGUUUCUUCGUCAAUAUUCAAUGCUAUGCAUGCAGUGUUCUUCAAAUUCGUGUAUAAAUUGUGUAAGUGUCCUUCAAAUUCGUGUAUAAAUUGUGUAUAUACAUAUAACCAGCAACGCUCUCUCUUCAAUAUUCUCUCAAAACACAAACUCAAACACGUAAAUACAAUAUCAACUAUUUUGAUUCC